AUGGCGGCGACGGUGCCGCCAGUGAACGAUGAUCCGGACAAGCUGGACCCUCCGGCCGACCAGGCAGACAGUGACUUGGAUGCGGAGGGGGAGGAGGAAACAGACCUUUACGAGAUGGAUCAACAACUCCAGAAUGCGGUCCACCAGGCAUACUCGGGCGAGGUUGCUGAGGAGAACGGUCACCCUGCAGUGAAUGGUGGAGGCCUGAGCGCUGCCACCAAUGGUGGACAGAAUGGUAGCGACAAUGAUGAGACCGAACCUGUCGGAGCUGUGAAGAUCCCAGAUGACGAAGACGACAACGAAGAUGACGCUGCCUCUGAGAACGACGAUGCUGAGUCUGGGACGGCCGACGGCGAUGUCGACCCCGCAUUUGAAGAAGAAAACGACCGAGCAGCAUCCGAAUCGAGUGAAUCAGAAUCAGAAGCCGAGGAGGACUGGGAGGCUGAGAGUAAUGGUCGUGAAGAAGAUGCGGAUAUCGAUACUCGCAGCGGGGUGUUGUGCAUAUUUUGCACCCAGGACGAGGAACAUGAUCCAAGUGAGGACUUUGAGGAGUGGUUGACUUGCGCAGUUUGUGGCGAUCAUUCCCAUCGGCAAUGCGCCCGUGAGCAAGACGCCUUUGAUGAUUCAGAAGAGCCUUGGAGAUGUCCUGCUUGUGUUCAAAACAAUCUUCAACCUGAUCCCGUGGAAUCGCCAUCGCGGCCGAAAACUGGGGCUGCUCAUCUAACCAAGGAGCUCUUGCCUGCACAUGCAGGAAAUGAAGAGGAAGGGUUCCACUCCAUUUUCGAUAAUAACAUCAGUGAUGAGCUGCUGAACAGCUCACGGUCCUUGCGGAAAAGGAAAGCCUCCUCGGCCGACGCGGAAGAACAUGUGCCCGUGCUACGGAAGCGACGGCGGCAAACUGAGCAUUCUGACUCCCAGGACGCUUCCUUUGACGGUGCUGCCGAUCAGCGCGCUGACGAGGCAGCAUCUCCAGCACGACCCAUGCGCCCUCGACGGACGCGGGCGAUCGAACGCGACCACUGCCGUAUCGUUACAAAGCAACUGGGGAAACUAGUCCUUGGCUUCCGGUUGGAAGAAGGGAAAAUGGCCAAAAUCCUCGGCACUCAGAGUCGACCACUGCGCAAGAAAAAGAAAGGCCCCAAGCCUCAGACCGCACCACAAGAAACCCAAGCUCAUUUCGCCCCCAUUCCUCCUGCACCCUACGUCAAUCACUUUCAUCCUUUCCAAGAUCGGGAAACCGACGACUCAAAAUCUAAGCCAUAUGGUGGCAUCCUGUCCGAAGCCGAGGCCGACACUUCCAAGACCCUGCCCUUGCAGGCGGAUCGAGACAAGUUCGAGCAAGCUCGCCAACGGGCCGAGGACGAGUGGCAGCGCAAAGUCCGAGACGCAGAAGUCAACGGUGAAGCAACGCCUACAGCCUCACAAAAGGUAUCUGGUCCUCCUUCGAAGAUCAAGUACAUCAACUUUGGUGGCUACGAAAUUGAGACUUGGUACGCCGCACCCUAUCCGGAGGAGUACAGUCGCAAUCGUGUACUUUACAUUUGCGAGUUCUGUUUGAAGUACAUGAACUCGGACUAUGUCGCUUGGCGGCAUAAGCUCAAGUGUCCCGCAAAACACCCUCCCGGUGAUGAGAUUUACCGAGAUGGGUCGGUCUCAAUCUUUGAGGUUGACGGUCGGAAGAACCCGGUCUACUGCCAAAAUCUGUGUCUCCUCGCCAAGCUCUUCCUGGGCUCGAAAACUCUGUACUACGACGUGGAGCCAUUCUUGUUCUACGUUAUGGCCGAGUACGAUGACCUGGGAUGCCAUUUUGUCGGCUACUUCAGCAAAGAGAAGCGACCCAGCUCCGCCAACAACGUUUCCUGCAUUCUCACCCUACCAAUUCACCAACGCAAAGGCUACGGAAACCUCCUCAUCGAUUUCUCCUACCUUCUCACCCGCAUUGAGGGCAAAAGUGGCUCGCCUGAAAAGCCUCUAUCUGACAUGGGCCUGGUGUCGUAUCGCAAUUACUGGAGACUGAUUUUGUCAUACCAGCUUCGAGACCUCAAGACCCCCAUCAGUAUCGCAGAUUUGUCCGAUCGGACAGGCAUGACAGCAGACGAUCUUGUUUCUGCCUUGGAAGGCAUUCGCGCUUUAGUACGAGACCCUAUCACAAAGACCUACGCACUUCGCCUCGACAAGGACUACUUUGAAGAGGUGAUUGCCAAAUGGGAGAGCAAGGGCUAUGUCCAGCUCAAUCCCGAUGCGCUUACGUGGACUCCAUACAUUAUGGGCCGUAAUAAUCAGUCGCAUUUCGACCGAGCACCUCUUCACGCGGUCGCGCCUCGCGACGACCCCGACGAGGAAGAUGAGGAGCUGGAAUCGAGAGAAGAUGCAGACGAUGACACCGUGGCCAAUGGAACAGACACGGAUGCGCUUGGGGAGCCUGCUGGACCGCCCUCAACCGCUGGUCUACCACAAACCAACGGCAUUCACGCGCCCGAGCCCGCAGAGCCCGAGCCAAUUCCCAACCCAGCGGCCGGCAUUCCCCCUUCCCGCUUUGAGCUUUGGCCUCCAGUACAUGUCCCUGCUGCUCCCAAACGCAAACCUGGACGUCCGCACGGGACGUUUAAGAACCACUCUCGGACACCCACUACUACUCGGACGAGCGGCCGCAACACACCCCGGCGAGCCUCAGGUCUUCCCCUGUUCACUCCCAAUGCCGGCACCCCUAGUAUGCGUCGUGGCCGUAGCGCCCUGACGAUGGAUUCCCCGGCGACAGACGCUACUCCCGCUCAAACUAAUGGCGUUGAUGAAAGUGUGCUUGACGACGAGGAGGCGGUGCUUGACCCCAGCCCUGAAGAUCUUGGCCUGGUGGUGGACGAAGCAGAAACCCCUGCAACAGGCGGUGAAGCUAUGGAGACUGAAGAGGUCGAGCAAGCUGAAGUAAACGGAGAUGACGAGCCAGAAAAUGCCGUGGAAACCAAUGGCGUCAAUCACGACGAGCCGGAGGCUGCUGUUGAGUCUGACGCAGAAGUCGACGCCGAUGCAGACGCCGAGUUUGAGCCGGAACUGCCUCGGACACCCGAAAAGAAACAGACAUCGGCGUCCAAGUCUCCGAGAGCUACAUCACAAAAGGCCAAAGGGAAGCAGUCAGAUCCAGCUACUAAAACGCCCCAGUCUGUCAACCGCAAGGCGUUAGUCGAAAAAAUCCAAGUGGUGGUCUCCGCCGAACCCGAAUCGGGUAAGCGGCGGAACAGCAAGAUUGCCGCCACCGAUACCAACGGAAUUGACUCUGACAUCGAUGCCGAGGGGGAAGACGACAUCGACGGCGAGUAUGAGAUGGAUGGCGACGUGGUAAUGGAGACAUAA